AUGGGGAAGAUCAUCUUCUACGAGGACAGGAACUUCGGCGGUCGGCACUACGAGUGCAGCAGCGACUGUGCCGACUUCAGCUCCUACUUCAGCCGCUGCAACUCCAUCCGCGUGGAGAGCGGCUGCUUCAUGAUCUACGAGCGCGCCAACUACAUGGGCCACCAGUACUUCAUGAGCCGCGGGGAGUACCCCGACUACCAGCGCUGGAUGGGCAUGAGCGACAGCAUCCGCUCCUGCCGCAUGAUCCCCAUGCACUCCCCCGGGUCCUACCGGAUGCGAUUCUACGAGAGGAUGGAGUUCGGAGGUCAGAUGAUGGAGCUGAUGGACGACUGCCCCGACAUGAUGGACCGCUUCCACUUCUCCGAGAUCCACUCCUGCAACGUGAUGGAGGGCAACUGGCUGUUCUACGACCAGGCCAACUACAGGGGGCGCCACUUCUACCUGCGGCCGGGGGAGUACCGCAGGUUCAGCGACUGGGGCGGCGUGAGUGCUCGCGUGGGCUCCAUCAGACGCAUCAUGGCCAACUAG